AUGCCUCCUAAGAGUCGCUCGACAAAGGCUCCGGUGGAUGUCACGCUCCCUGAUGACCUUUCGACUGAUCCGAUCGUCACGCCGAUACCUGCUGGUGUGUCUUCAGGGGAGCAGGAUACAGCAGAUGCGGUUAACAAGCCGGACGACAACGCUAGCGGCCAUGGCCCGGUCUCGAUCACGACAGCUACGGCUGUUGCCGAAAGUUCUGGUUUAUCCGUGGAGGAGAAGUGUCAGACUCACCAGGCUUCUUCGCCAGCUGCUGUCGACUUCCUGGAGGACGACUCGGAUGAAGAGCUUGAGAUUGACAUUGCUAAGGAGGAUGCUUUCCGUCUCCGCUUUACGGCGAUCUUACUCAUUCCGAUGGUGCUUUCACAGGAGAUUAAGGCCAUCAUUGCUGCUGUUCGUCUUCUUAUGACGAAGGUCUGGAGCUCGUCGCUUACCGAAAAUGCUGGCGUGACGGCUAACAUUCAGGACAUGGCCCCUGGCUGGGUGGCGAAGACGCGUUUCUGUCGGCUUCAAAUCUCUUUCCUGGAUGAGCGGGAUGCACACCACAUCAAGUUUCAUGUCUUCGAGUACCAGAAGGCGAAUGCUCCUGCGAUCAAGUGUAUCUGGCAGCACACAGAGGAUGCUUCUUACCUGAGAGAAAAGGCUUCUAACCCGCUUGCUGUUGAAGUUCUGUUUCGUCGUGUUCCGGCUAACAUCGUACCUGAUGUGCUUAAGGAUUUGCUCGUCCGCUUUAAGUUGAAGAUGCGCAAGCAGACUGCUUUCAAGGAUGGUUUCGCCUUUCACUGUGUGGCUCACCCUCUCACUGGAGCUGACACGGACGUGAUCAAAGGCUUGGUGGUUCCGCAUCUUGGCGACCCCGGCAGCAACCGCGAAGAAUGGCUUUGCACGCAAGUGUGCUGCGAGAAGGCGAGGGGAAAGACCCUCAUGGCCGCUGUAGAGCAUAUCACUUCCGCCACUCACCUGCUGAACCUGGAGAAGCUGGGCUCCGCCACGAAAGCCUCGAUGGACAAAGCGAACCUGGCCAGCCUGAAGAAGGAGUUCGGCUUCUGA